AUGCCAGUUCUAGAACCAUUUGCUGAAACUAUUAAAAAGCUGGAAGGAAAUCAAUAUACAACUAUAAGUUAUGUAUACUCUGUGAUUCAAAAAAUUAAGUCAAGAUUAAGCUGUUCUUUUGACCCUAUCAAUGAAAAUGAUAGUCAAGAUGAAUUGGAAGAUGCAUUUGACAAUCUACAAUUUGAAGACAAGGAAGAAGAUGAUAAACCAAAAGUAAAGCAGAGAAUCAAAAUUAAUAAUCUAGUAAAUACGAUUGAAUUAAUUGAUGCAAUUAAAGGUAAACUUUAUCAUACAAUAAAUGUUUAUUAUGAAGAUUUAGAGCUUGAUG